AUGGCUAACUUUUUCUGGAGAGAUGGUCGAUCUAGAAUUGACUAUGAGAUUUUUGGUGAUGUCGUUUAUUUUGAUACCACAUAUCGGACAAACAAGUAUCGUAUGAUUUGUGCACCAUUUAUUGGAAUAAAUCAUCAUUGGCAGAAUAUAAUUUUUGGUUGUGCUUUUUUAUCUGAUGAGUCGGCAGAAUCUUUCAAAUGGUUAUUCUCUACGUUUUUAAAGUCAAUGGGAGGCAUUUCCCCGCAAACUAUUAUAACUGAUCAAGCUCAAGGAAUGGCAAUUGAUAUUAGAAAAGUGAUGUCUGGAACUAGACAUAGACUGUGUCAAUGGCACAUAUCCCAGAAUGCCCCAUCUCAUUUGGGCUCACUUAAUAAUGAUAAAGGUUUUUCUAAACUUUUCAACAAGUGUAUGUCAGAAUGUGAUUCUAUUACUGAGUUUGAAGAAACCUGGGAGAUGAUGCUUACAAUUGCUGGAUUGAAAGCCUCAUCUCGAAGUGAAAGUACUAAUCAUGUAUUAAACGGGCUUGGUGACUUGAGCACUUAUUUGCACAUAUUUGUCACUAACUAUGAGAAAAAUGAAGUAAAUAAGUGGCGGCUGAGUGAAGAACAUGAAGACUUCAACUGUAACAAGAAAGAGUUUCUCAAAGGAUCUGGGGCAUGUUAUAUUGAGCCACAAGUAUAUUGUGAUGGUCAAGUGUCCAAAUAUGAAGUAAGAAUGCAUAAUUCAACCAAGAAUUGGUUUGUGGAGUUGGAUUCCACAACUUUACAUGUGACAUGCACUUGCAAGAAGUUUGAAUCUGUGGGUAUUUUAUGUGCACAUUGUCUACUAGUUUUCACUUCUAAUAAGGUUAGAGAAAUCCUAGCGAAAUAUAUUUUGAAGAGAUGGACCAAAGAUGUGAGGAAAAGAAUAAAAGAUUUGCCAAGCAAGAGCUCUUCUAGCAAUGGAAAUUCGGAAUCAUCUGAGAUUGUUUACACUAAUAGUGUGAUGAAGGCUUGUUACAAUCUUGUUUAUCUUAGCAAAUCUAAUACAGAGUGUCGAGAAAUUUUUCAAAGACAUCUCAAAAAUGCUUCAGAUGAAUUGGAUGACUAUCUAGGAAAAUUGGACAACAUUACUGUUCAUUCUUCAGCAAAAAAAAUGUUUUGUUUGAUUAUAGUGAAAUCUCAAAAAGUUGAUGCACCACCAAUAAAAAGUUUGUUUGAGAACAAUGUAUACACUCCUCGUCAAGCAACACCGUCUAUAUCAGAAGUCAGUUUACAAGAUACUGCUUUUGACUUGGAUUUGGAUGACUCAAAUGUCUCAUUUUUUACCUUGUUACAAGGUGUUGAGAAUACUACACAGCAAUCAUCUGCAAGUACAUGGAAAUCAGGAUGA